GUUUUUCCCUCCACGUCCAUCAUGCGUCGAGACAAUGCCGCCCCGUCUGUCGCCGGUCGUGGACACAAGGGGCAUGACAAGCCCGGGAAGCCGCUCGUCCCCAAGGUUGAAACUCGGGUGACCAGGGCCCGGCCUGAGGAUGAUUUGGGAGCUGGUGCCUCCAAAAGACCGCGCGUCGACGGUACUGCUUCCAAGGCUAUCAUAGUGGCCGAUGACUCUGAUGGGGAGCCUGGAAGUCCCCUUAAGCGGAAGCCCGCCUCUCGGAACAAGUCCCGUCCUUCUCCCCCACGAAAUUCUGACGUCCGUCGUCUCCGGGAUGGUGAUACCCAGACUGCCAAGGAUUCUGACGAUGCUCGUCCUCCUUCGCCCCCGGAGACCAAUGGGUCCUCCCUUGGUUUGAUCGAGUUUUCUGGGGUCGGCCCCCGCAAAGAGUCUAUGAUGCUCUUUGGCCAGACGGCGUCCUCCAUUUGGUGUGGGCUGAAUCUCAAGGUCCCGCAGGAUUUCGCUGCUCAGGAGGCCCCUGAGGAUCUUUUGGAAUGCGGCCAGAGCACCUUGGACAAGGCCGGACUUUACUUUCACAGGGCUCGGAUGGCCUUCGAACGUCAGGGUAGGGAGACGGCCAGAGUGCGGGCUGAAUGUGAUGCCCUUCUGAGGAAUGCGAAAGGCAGGGCCGGCACUCUUCAAGAGAAGGCCGAUGCCCAUGACAAGCUCAUUCAGGAGAAUGCCUCUCAGAAGGAGCUCCUCAAGAAGCAGGAGGCCGAGCUCGUGGAUCUCCGUAGCCGGAUGUGGGCCGUAGAACAGGCCAAGGUGGAGCUUCGCCAGACGGGCGUGGACAAUCAUGUCCCCAUUUAUGAGGCCGAUGUUGCCAAGAUCAAGGAAUCUGGUUCCAUUGCCUUUCAGAAAUCCAAGGCCUAUACUGGCGCCAUUCACACCAUGGCCAUGAAGUUCCUCCCGCGGCUCGUCGGCGAGUUCCUGGCCACCUGCCCGGAUGCCUAUCAGGACGGGGUGAGAUUGCUCCAGGCCACACCCACCGGACGUCGUUUCCUUGACGAUCUCGCCGAUGACACCUACCGCAAAGGUAUGGUUGGGCUAGUAGCGGAGAAUCUCCCGACGUUUGAGCGUCACUUUGGGGCUCCCUUUGAUCCGGAGGCGGCUGGUUUCGACGUCUUGAUGGCAGACGCUCAUGCAGGGGCCCUUGAGCUGCUGAAGGAGCAGGAGGAAGCCGCAGCUAGUGAUAAAUCCACGCAGGCCCCUUCCCAAGCUCCAGCUCCGGACGCCGAUCUGCCGUGAUUCUCUGCUCAUCAUCAUGUACUUGUACAAUUUUUCAUUAUUUGUAUUGUACUCUGAUACAUUGUAAUUUUCCGGCCAAUAGUGCCGAGGAAUAAAAAUCAUUCUUUGCUCCAUGCUCG